GAACCCACACUCUCACUCACUCACCCCCUCACUCACUAGAAGAGGCUCACUGAGCUUGGACCGAUGGCGUCGAGCGGUGCAAUGGUGUUGGCCAUGAUGGGCCUCCUGGCCGCACUGGUGUGCCCUGCUGCUGCGGCGGCGGCGGGGUUCAUCUCCAUGCCCACCGACAACGUCGGCGACCACUCUUACGGCGUCCACGCCACAUUCUGCCCCAACCUGGAGAAAAUUGUGCUCGACAAGGUGGCGGAGGCGCGCAGAUGGGACAUCGGCGUGGUCGCCGGCCUCCUCCGCAUCUUCUUCCAUGACUGCUUCCCUAACGGCUGUGACGCGUCGCUCCUGCUGGAGCCAAGUCACCUCUACUCCAGCGAGCGUGCGCGGGAGCGUCCCCAAAACCAAGGGCUGCACCAGGGCGCGCUCGAUCUCAUCCAGCGUAUCCGCGACGCCGUGCGCGACGCGAAAUGCACGGAAGUAUCCUGCGCCGACAUCACCAUGCUGGCCACCCGGCAAGCCAUCAAGCUGUCCGGGGGGCCAGAUUACGGCGUGCAGCUCGGCCGGAAGGACAGCAUCGACCCCGCCAGGAUUGACCAGGUCAACCAGUUCCUCCCCGCCCCCGACGCCAAAAUCUGGAAACUCAUCGAGGUCUUCCAGAGCCGCGGCUUCGACAGGACCGACCUCGCCGCGCUCUCCGGCGCGCACACCAUCGGCAAGACAAGCUGCCCCAACCUCGCCAGCCGCACUGGGGACGCCGCCUGGUUCGUCGAAGAUAUCAAAAGGAACUGCCCCGGCUCAUGGGACAAGAAGCAGGUGCUCGACGUCGACACCCCCGACGAUUUCGACCACAAGUACUACAAGAACAUCGUGGACGGCAAGGGGGUGCUCAGCACCGACAUGGAGCUCCUCAACGACCCCUUCAUCAAAGAUUUGGUCCACAAGUGGGCUACCGACAAGAACUUUUUCUUUUGGAAGUUCGGCGAAGCCAUGGCAAAGAUGGCGCGUUUGCCCGUGGGCGGACCAAGUGAGUACCGCGAAAACUGCUUCAAGCGCAACUCUAUGAGGGAGACAGUCAACCUCACCGCCGAGGGUUUCGCGGCCUCGGCUUGAGAGAUCUAUCCAAUGGAUCACCCGCCAUCACCACGCCGACCGCACGCCCUGGCCAUGCCAUAUUAUAUGUGCAUGUAAUAAGAGCAAUACACCUAACUUAUCUUUUGCUUGAUUGAAGUUUACCGUAUGUACGCCCACCUAGUCUAGAGCCACUCGGCCGGCGGGGCCUUGCUGUAUCGUCUCAGUCCAGCAACUAUUCCAGCUCCCUGUUUGUUGGGAGUUGCUCUCAAGUUUUAUCUUACAAUUGUUUUCCAUCCUUUAA